GUUCGCGAUGUUUUUUUUGCAUUAUUCAUUUACGUAGACUUUUGAGAGCACGUUGUUUUCAUAAAAACAUGCGGUUAUUUAGCUAGACGCUAACAUCAAUUUAGUAUCUUCAGAGUCUGGUUUCAGGUUAAAUAUAAGUACCAAAUUGUUUGUAUAUUAUAACUUACUCAAUUUAUUACAUAAUGGAUCCAAGCUGUAUUUGUGAUAAGGAGGGUCUGCUGGUGGGCAUUGGAAACCCAUUGCUGGAUAUAUCUGCUUUAGUGGAUGAUGCUCUACUUCAGAAAUAUGAUAUGAGACCUGAUGAUGCAAUUAUGGCUGAAGAAAAGCAUAUGCCAUUGUAUAGGGAGCUUAUGGAGAAGUAUAAUGCAGAAUUCAUAGCUGGAGGAAGUGUUCAGAACACAUUAAGAGUUGCUCAAUGGAUUCUGAAAAAACCAAAUCUGUGUACAUACUUUGGAUGUGUGGGAAAAGAUGAUUACGCCAGAAUAUUGAAAGAAAGGGCAGAGGCGGAAGGUGUGACGGUGCGGUACCAGGUUACAGAUGAGGCCCCGACCGGCACUUGCGCGGUGCUGGUGACGGGUCAUCAUCGUUCACUGUGUGCCAACCUCGCCGCGGCGCAGAAGUUCACGCCCGAUCACCUCGAAAAGGAGGAGUGUAGGAGAAGUAUCGAGACUGCCAAGUUCUUCUAUGCCUCGGGUUUCUUCGUGGCGGUGUCUCCGGAAUCUAUAAUGCGGCUGGCUAAGCAUGCGCAUGAAAAUGGUCACAUGUUCAUAAUGAACAUUAGCGCGCCAUUCGUGACGCAAUUCUAUAAGGAGCCGUUAGAAAAAAUGUUGCCAUACGUCGAUGUUUUAUUCGGCAACGAAUCGGAAGCAGAAGCAUUCGCUAAGGCAUUCAAUAUGGCAGAGACCAACUUAACAGACAUUGCUUUGAAAAUAUCUGCUAUGCCAAAGUUGAGCUCAAGAAAGCGAGUGGUUGUAAUAACCCAAGGCAAGGACCCUGUUAUACUGGUAGAAGGUGAUUCAGUAAGUCUAAUACCGGUUUCGAUAUUGUCUGAAGAACAAAUUGUGGACACAAAUGGGGCCGGGGACGCGUUCACUGGUGGCUUCCUGAGUCAGAUGGUGCUGGGGAAGUCCUACGAGUCCUGUGUCAAAUGUGGAAUAUACACAGCGUCUCACGUGAUCCAGCAUUCUGGGUGUACAGUCAGUGGGGACAGUGACUUUAGAGAAACAUAACUGAAGUGCUAAUGUAGUUUAAUUUUUGUUUUAUUAUUGUUGUAGGGCCCUGUCUUCAAGCCCUUUUAAUCCUGCAGUUUUUAGUCGACCAUGCUGGCCCGGAGUUUGUCAAUCUUUGAAUUUAUUCGCAAGUGUAUGUAGUGAUGUUUUUCUUCGCCUUAAAGCUUUGAGUAGAGCUCUUAAAAACGUACAUAUGAACCCGAGAUUGAACAGGCGGAACCGAUGCUCCCAUUGGUUAAAGAAUUAUAAUAGGGUUGUCUACUUUUUAUUUAAUUUUGUUAGUUUAAAUCUCAUCUCAUCGCAAAUAGCACCUCCUUCUUAAAGUAUACAUUUACAUUUUAAGAAUUUCAAUAGAUAAUAUAAUAGUAAAAUUAUUCUAACACAACUAGUUAUUUCGUUAUUUCAAACAGCAUGUUAUUAAUUGUUAAAAUUAUGCUACGGUAAAAUAAUAUACUUAAUUAAUUCACUAGAAUUAUGUUAUCUCAAAUGCAAAAAGCAGAAAAGACAAUUAACUAUUUUACGCAAUUAGUCAAUUGUGUUAUGGCACAGAUUUCUAAGACUUCUAAUUGACCAUAUUUGAUAAAAAAUAAUACAUAGCAAGCAUUGGUUGUAAGGAGAAAAGUUUGCUGCAUUAUGGUGCUGUUUCACAAUUUCCAAGUAAAGUAGCAGAUUUUCGUAGAAUAGAUAAAUUAAUGGCUACAUAAAAGUUCCAGACAAAACAGAUUGGGUUUCAUAAUCAUUUCACCGGUUUAAAUUUUAUUACUAGAUGACUUAUCCCGCCGAUCGGUCUGGCAACCUUGCACUUAAUAAUACCGUUUGACGAAAUGAAAAUAUUAAAAAAACUAUUUCUUACAUGAAAUAGCGUAACAAAUCUUUUAUAUUUUACAGGUUUAUUUUUGUAUAUAUUUCUAAAUAGCAUCUCUACCGUUAUUUUCACAAUAAAAUCAAUCAUCACAUAAUUGUAUUCCGCUUUCGUGUAACGAAAUUUGAGAAUGUCAAAUAAUCAAUUGUCAUGAGACUUUCAUAAUUAUCCAUAAGUCAUAAUAUAAACAAACCAUGUACUAUACAUUUUGGGAUUCUAGUGCGUCAGAAUAAUAUAAGAGGGGGUAAACUUGGAAUUUGUGAAGUACUAAUACCUGAGCCACAGGGCUAUAUAUACAGAUAUAGAGUCAGAAAGUCACAAAGUUUUUAGGAUUACACCCCUGAACUGUUGUUACAAUACCUCGAAAUAUGUUAGGAAAUUCUGUUCAUGUCAUGUUAACUAUGUAUGCUUAGGUUUAAAUAAACAAUACUUGUUACUUAGUUGAAUAAGUUGUAUUUAUCAAAGAACUGUUCAUUUUUUACGGUUUAUCCGGUGAAUAUAAUAUGUCUGUAAUUCUAUUAUACUGUCAUAUAUUUUCUGGUUAUGAAUUGAGUAUAUUUUGAGUGUUUUGAUGUUUGUUAAUAAUAUCUCAAUAGAAAACCACGGAAACAGUGAAAGGCAAGUUUAAUUUAUUUCACAGAUAACCUAUUUCUAUAUGAUCAAUAAAAACAAAAUGGCGCAUGAUAAUUUAUGAAAGUGGUAAAGUAUGUUGGAAACUGUAUAUCUGUAUUUUAUUAUUGCUCACUGUGAUAUAAUUAGCAAGUCAUACUUGGAGGAAACAACACAAGAUCUACUAUUUCAGCAUUAACUCGAAUAUUACUAAUAUUAUCAAUCUACUUGUCUAGAAUUGUAUGUACCUAUAUAUUAUGUAAAAUGUGUAAGAAAAUAAUAUAAAGAUAGUAAAAGCUAUUUUCAAUAAUUUUUCUCACGGCUCCAUAGUUGCAAUUAUUAUUAUGUACUAUAUGUGUAAUACUCAAUAUUUCAUUACAUAGGUACUCUUACAUAUUAUAUUGUAUUACUUAUUAUUGUGAUAUAUUAUGUAUAAAUAUUAAGUAAUUUGCGCCAGAAACCUGGAAUGUAUUUUAACUGUGCAACUAAAAUAUAAUUUAAACUGCAUAGUCAAUUAACCUUACAACAUGAAUACAGGUUAUAUAAAUGUUAGUACAUAACCAGUAACACCAUAAAAUAUGUAAAUAUCGGCUUUGAAAUCAUCAACAUCUUUGAUUGAAUUUAAAAGUACUUAUACAGUGUGUUAAUAAAAUUGUUUUUAAUGUUUA